UCUCGCCGAAUUGAUGGAUUUUUCCAGAUAUGUCAAAACAAGUGUCAUUAUUGUGACGUUUCUAAAAAUGUGUAAACACUUGAAACUUGAAUAAAUAGUAGAAAUAAGUGUCAGCUCGGUGUUGUGAGUAUAAAACCCCCCAGUUUGUGAGUACCGUGCGUGUGAACCGUAAAAAAAUGUAAAAAAUGUUGACCUAACCUAAAAAAAUCAAAAUGAAAAAUCAAUUUCUGUGACGUUUUUGGGACACGUAUCCGAUAAACAAAUCAAAAGUGAUAACCAUGCGUCAUAAAUUGUUAAUUUUCGUGUUGAUUUCCCUGCUUUGUUGCGAGUUUUCCGACGAGAGUUUGCAAGGGCCGAGCAAGAGCAAGAAAGAGGAUGAGGAGAAAGUGGAUGAUUUUGAGGAGACUUCGCCCUUGCGCGUGGUCCCCGCCCCCGAUUUGUCCAAAGACCGCGACCGCCGGAAAGGUAAGCUGACCGUCCAAGUGGAAAUCCGAGACAGAGACGCCGUUGACCUUUUCAUGCUCGACCAGGCGAAAGUGAUCCAGAAAAUGGUCCAGGAAAUCGGCUUGAAGAACGUCAUGAUCGAGGAACCGGAGGAACUGCCUUUGGAGGACCUGCCCCCGCCGCCGGAGGCCCCCAUGCACGAGCCCACCGCGGAGGAGGCCGAGGCCAAGUCGAUUUACGACACCGCUGCGGCGAUUUUAAACAAAACCCGGCCUGAUAAAAAACACGCCUACCAACUGCUAUUGGAGGCGGCGAGAAAGGGGAAUCCCGAAGCGAAAGCGUUGGUUGCGUGGGCGAAACUCUUCGGGAAUCCCCUAGAGCAGGAUUUGGAAACGGCUAAAGAGAUUUUCCGGAGUUUGGCUGAAGUUGGUAACCCUGAGGGGCACACAGGACUUGGGUUUUUAUACGCGUCGGGGUUGUCAGUCAAUGUGAGUCAGGCUAAAGCCCUUGUGCAUUACACUUUUGGGGCUAUUGGGGGCAACACAUGGGCGCAGAUGGUCUUGGGGUAUAAAUACUGGUCGGGGAUCACCGUCGCCCCCAGUUGUGAGAAAGCAUUGGAUUUUUAUAGACAAGUGGCCGAUAAAGUGAGUCAGGGGGUGUCAUUUGGGGGCGGAGCCGCCAUCCAAAGAAUUCGACUUUUGGACGAAUUGGAAAAUGGGUAUUCGUCGGGGAUUUUGGAUAAUGAUUUGAUUGAGUAUUACCAACUGUUGGCGGAAAAAGGGGAUAUACAGGCGCAAGUGGGGCUCGGACAAUUGCACUACCAAGGGGGCCGAGGUGUCGAUUUGGAUUAUCAGAAGGCGAUGCAUUAUUUUACUCAAGCUGCGAAUGCCGGAAAUGCCAUCGCCAUGGCCUAUUUGGGCAAAAUUUACCUGGACGGCAGCGACGAGGUGAAGGCCGACAACGACACCGCAUUCAAAUAUUUUAAAAAAGCCUCCGAUUUAAACAAUCCGGUGGGUUUAAGCGGUCUCGGUUUGAUGUACCUUUACGGUCGCGGCGUCGAAAAAGACUACACAAAAGCCUACAAAUAUUUUCUCGCCGCCGCUGAUCAAGGCUGGGUCGACGGCCAACUCCAACUCGGCAACAUGUAUUUCAGCGGUUUGGGUGUGCGAAAAGACUACAAACUCGCAAAUAAAUACUUUUCAUUGGCCUCACAAUCGGGCCACGUCCUCGCCUACUACAAUCUAGGCCAAAUGCACGCUCAAGGCACCGGAAUGUUACGAUCGUGUCCGACUGCAGUCGAACUAUUCAAAAAUGUCGCCGAAAGGGGGCGCUGGGGCGAGAUAUUGAUGCAAGCACAUUCGGAUUACACUGAGGGGCGAUUUAACGAGGCUUUUGUCCAAUAUGCCCUUUUGGCCGAAUUGGGGUACGAAGUGGCCCAAAGUAAUGCUGCGUUUUUACUCGACCGAAACGAAGUGCCCAUGUUUACGAUUCAGGAGUCGUUAGCGAGGGCUUUGUUGUAUUGGGGGCGCGCUGCGGCUCAGGGGUACUCAGCAGCGCAAGUGAAACUCGGGGAUUACCAUUAUUACGGUUUGGGGACUCCCGUGGAUUAUGAGACUGCGGCUAGUCAUUAUCGAUUGGCCUCGGAGCAGCAACACAACGCUCAAGCCAUGUUUAAUUUGGGGUACAUGCACGAACAGGGCUUAGGAAUGGCCAAGGAUGUGCAUUUAGCGAAAAGGUGCUACGACUUAGCUGCAGAGACAAGCACCGAUGCUAAGGUUCCUGUGGCUUUAGCCCUCUUCAAAUUGAAUUUAAUGUUCAGUUUGGAUAGUUUACGAGAGAGCCAUCUAUCGAGUCUUUUGGAUUUUAAUGAGAUGUUUGGGGCGAAUUGGGAUUUGUAUUUGAUUACGACGCUCACGGCGAUUCUUGCAGCGAUUGUUUACUUCCGGAGACCGCAAGCCCCCGCUGUUGUACACAUUUUUAUAUAAAUUGUACGGUUUUAGUUGUGAAAUAAAUGUUACUAAAAUUUGACGUUUCAAUGA